AUGUGGAAGAUCAUUGGGCAUUCACUUGGUGGUGGUACUGCUGCACUGUUGACAUUUAUGCUUAGAGAAAUGAAGCAGUUCUCUUCAUGUACUUGUGUCAUGUGUUCUGAUAUGGCCAAUCCUUCUUCACAACUGUAUUUUUUUGCAGCUGCGUGUAUGACAUUGGAGUUAGCCGAAUUCGGGAAGCCCUUUAUCACUUCCAUUAUAAAUGGUUAUGACAUAGUGCCUACAUUGUCAGCUUCUUCUGUUCACGAUUUCAUUUACAAGGUGCUUGCUCAAACUACUUCUCCCAGCCUAAUUAAGAUGGGUCGGAUUAAGGAUAAAAACAUCCUAACUGCAGUUGGAUCUCGCUUAUCAUUUGCGAAAGCCAUCACAGGACAUGCAGUAACUCGUUGCACCCAGGUUGUGAAGAAGCAUCAACAAAGAACUCAAUCUUUGUUACCCUGCUCCCAACGUGAGAAUAUUGAAACAUCAGAUGACUUGGUUAAGGCUUCUCAAUCAUGGGAGACAAGUUGUGAAACUCUUUUGACUGAAGAACACGUAAUCAUAGAGUCUGUGUCGGAUGAUGAAGAAUAUAAUUCUUCUAGUGAAGGAUCUGACGGUGAUGAUGAUGACUCAGAUGAUGAUAAAGACAAAUUGUCUAACAUUCAUGCUAAGGACAAAGAAGCAACCACAACAAAAAACAUCACUGAAGAAGAGAGUGUUUGUCCUGUUCCAACAUCAGUCAACUUGGAUAGACAUCCUCUUUAUCCUCCAGGAAAAAUCAUGCACAUUGUCCCUGAAAAUAAUAAUUCAAACCGCAAGUAUCCUGAUAAGAAACGCAUCUACUUAUAUGAAACACCUACACAAUUUUAUGGAAAGCUCAGAUUUUCAAGAGGGAUUAUUCUGGAUCAUCUCACGAAGAAGUAUUUGAAGAAGUUACAGCAAUUAAUCAAUCAACUAGAGAAAGAGCAGUCCAAAUUUGGCGGAUUAUGA